ACUUUUGAUUUUCUUUAUAAGCAGGCCAGGUUUUGAGGACACAGUUUUAUUGAAUAAACUUCAACUAAAUUGAAUAACAAUGUUCUUGAAGAAAUACGGCCUUGUCGUUUGUUGCUGGUUGUUGGUGAUCAAUGUGGCAGCCGACCUUAAUAUACCAUUUGGGUUAAAACAAAGCGAAUAUUGCAAACUCUGCAAAGUAACUUGUGACGGCAUUGGUCGUUUCAAACGUGAGGGAAAUAAAGUUUCAAACCUGGAUCAAGUUUGUUCAAAGAAAUAUCUACUUUUGGAAGGUGUAGAAAUGACCAAAGCUAGAAAAGUGUGCGAACACAUACUUGAGGAAUACGACGACGAAAUGGAGAGUAAAGUCUUCACUACAAGUGACAUUGCAUUCAGAUCAUGGUUGUGCAACGAGAGGUCUUAUGCAUGCAUCGGGUUGAGGAAAGACGAGCUUGAUAUAACGGCUAAGAAACCGAUUGAAUUGAAGGCAGACGAGUUGACAGAGGACGAAUUGGUUGAUCUUCUAAUGAAAGACAACAAAGGCAGAGUCAUGUCUCCACGUUAUAACAAUAAAGAGGAAUUGUGAAAGAAUUAGGCAUCUGGAUAUUUCCACUGUAGGGUGGGGGAAGAUGGGACACCUUUAUAAAUUUUAUUUUCCUAUUUAAUAGAAAACAAAAACAUUCAAAUAAUCAUAAACCCGUAUCCCAACGUCUCCCAAAAACCAUUGUUACUUGUUCAAAACAUGAUCCGAGUAUUUAAAUAUUAUAUGCUAAGGUAUCCCGUCUUCUCCCACGGUUCUUCUACUGUAAACUUUAUUGUAAUAUUUUGUAGAACAAAUAAUAAAGAGAUUUAUAUUUUGCA